ACAUCGGAAUUGGGAGUGGAUUUGAGAGCUUCGAUGGCGCCAUCGAUGGGUUGAAGGAUGUGUCCAUGUUUCCAAACCUGUUCAACGCCCUCCAGCAAGGAAAGUACGCCGAUGGGGAAACAUUCCAACCAUGGUCCGAAGAAGAACUCAAUAAGCUUGCAGGAGUAAACUUUCUGCGCGUGUUCGACGAAGUAGAGCUGGUGAAGCGGCAACUCUCGCACGAGCAACCGUUCGAAGACGAUGGCUCGGAAGAUGCGUUAGAUUGAAAUAAAAUUGUUUAUAGUCGAUCCGUGUAAUCAGUGAUGAUGGUGUGACGUUAUCAUUUCGAUUGGUAAUAAAAGCACCUGGCAUCAGUAUCUUUGCGCCAGCUGUGUGCUAUCUAAUCCGCCCCAGUCGUCAGAAGCACAUUCACUUCAGUAGGUCGUUAGCGUCGGUGAGGUAAGGAUCCUUUUUCGGGAUGAUUUUUCAAACAAUUUUAAGCAACAAAAAGCUGCUCACCGCCUGCGUGAUUGCGGUAGUGAUAACGAUCUGCGCCAUCGUCGUACCGAUCGCUGUCGUCAACUCGUACGAUGAAGCACCGAAGCCAAGCAAGUUCUCCGGCCGAGAAGUGCUCGAUGAAGUGCCACUAAUAGAUGGCCAUAACGAUCUGCCCUUCAGCAUAUACCUGGUGGAGAAGAAUUUAAUCAAUCACUUCAACCUCGACUCCAAUCUUAAGCAGCACCCCGUAUGGGCCAAUGUCAACACCAGCCACACAGACCUGCCCCGUUUGCGGCAGGGCAAACUGGGCGCCCAGUUCUGGGUGGCCUACAUCCGCUGUGCCGACACGCAGUACAAGGAUGCGGUCGCACGCACGCUGGAACAGAUCGACGUCACCAAACGCAUCAUCCGGAAGUACCCGAACGAUCUGAAGUAUGCCGACUCCGCGGACGGUAUUAUGGAGGCGUAUCGGGAGAAAAAGCUUGCCUCACUGAUCGCCGUGGAGGGUGGCCAUUCGAUCGAUUCCCGGCUGGCGGUGUUGCGGCUGUUCUACGAGCUCGGUGUACGCUACCUGACCCUAACGCACUCCUGCAACACUCCGUGGGCCGAUGCAUCGCCGGUGGAUGACCAGGUACCGGCCCCCUCCCUGAACAACCUUUCCGCCUGGGGCCGGCAUGUGAUCUGGGAGAUGAACCGGCUCGGCAUGAUGAUCGACAUCUCGCACGUCAGCUACGGGGUGAUGCGGGACGUGCUGGCGCACAGCCGGGCACCCGUUAUCUUCAGCCACUCGUCGGCCCAUGCCGUGUUCGAGCAUCAUCGCAACGUGCAGGACGAUGUGUUGCGAGAGCUGGCCCGCAAGCGGGGCAUUGUCAUGGUCAACUUCUAUCCGCUGUUCGUCGGGGGAAAUACCAUCGAUGACGUUAUCAAGCAUCUGAACCACAUCCGCAGCAUUACCGGUGUCGAUCACAUCGGGCUCGGUGGGGACUACAACGGGGUGGCCGUUACACCGGAAGGGUUGGAAGAUGUUUCGAAGUAUCCCGAUCUGUUCGAUAUGCUUGCGGACGGUGUGCUGCGCACGGGGGAAACGUUUGAGCCGUGGACGCGUGAAGAUCUGCAGAAGUUGGCCGGAUUGAAUCUGCUGCGUGUGUUCCGCGAGGUCGAACGCAUCCGGGACAGUUUGGUGGAAGAGGACCCGUUCGAGGAUCUUAUUCCGUACGAAGAGUUCGUGAGAGCGAAUGUAGCAGAUCAGCCCUGCCUGACGGAUAUGGAGAUGCACAAGAGCUAGGUUUCUGAUAAUUACGUCAGUAUAAUUACGUAUAAAUAAAGUAAAGACGUCAAGAAGGUUAACAAAACA